CAGCUGUUGAAAGAUGGUAUAAAAAGCACAGCAAGGCAAAGGGAAAUGUGGACAGCUGUGGGUGAGUGAGCAAGGUUAUGCAGGUCUGGCAAUGGAAGUGACUGUGAUGUGCCUGCUGCUCUCGGCUCUCUGGCUGCCUGGUGGUGAGAGCUACAGUACUGAUCUGAAGAAGCCCCGUGGCCGAAUGGAAGAGGCUGCCCUCCGUCCCAAGAGAAGCCCGAGAUUCUGCUUUCCAAACCCAUGUAAGCACCAGGGAGUCUGCCAGGUAGUUGAGGAGAAACCAAACUGCACCUGCAAGGCUGGCUUCACUGGGACAUUCUGUCAAGAUGUGGUGCUGAAACUGCAGUGUGAGGAAGAUCACAUGAAGAUGAUGGUGAGAAAGGAAGUGUUCGAAGUGUUGAAAAUCCCCUUGGCAUGGGUCCACUUGAAGAACGGUGCAUGCAAGGUCUCCGAAAAGGAGGAAGAUGGAGCAAUCUUCUUUGCAGCCAGUCUCACUGGCGAGAACCAUACCCUGUGUGGGUCAGUGAUUCAGCAAAACAGGUCACACGUGUCUUACACCAAUGUGAUGGAGUCAGACGUGGAGGCUACGGGUGUGAUCUCCAGAAGCAGCCUUGUGCGAGUGCACUUCUCCUGCAUCUACUCCUACGAGCGGGUGGUCCAGCUGCCCUUCUCCCUUACUGCCAUCGACACGCUGGUGAAGUUCGUGGUCAAAGAGGGGGAGUUCAACGUGACCAUGGCCUUGUACGAGACCUCAGCUUACCUGCAACCCUACCGGCAGCAGCCCCCGGCCCUCCCCCUGUCAGAGUUCCUCUACAUCCUGCUGCAGCUGGAAGGGCAGAGCCAGGUGCGGUACUUCCUGCUGAGCCUCGAGGACUGUUGGGCCACCCCGUCAGCAGACCCCAGCCAUGACGUGCAGCACCAGCUCAUUGUGAAGGGGUGUCCCCGUGAUGAGACCGUGAUGUACAUCAAUGAUAUCGGAAACAGCACCAUGGCAAAGUUCAGCUUCCAGAUGUUCCAAUUCAUCAACUACUCGGAGGUGUUCCUGCACUGCCGAGUCCGCCUGUGCCUCCCUGAUGGCCCCGAGCCCUGUGCAAAGCAAUGUCCCAGGAAGUCAAAAAGCAAGAGGGCACUUGAGGAGGACUACAAGAAGAUUGUCUCUUAUGGACCCAUCCAUCUCCUCGCCUCUCCCCUUUCUGGAGCACGGAGUGAUGAGUUGGGGACAAAACUGCAGGACCUCUGGGCAACUAGAAGUCUCAAGAUGUAGAAUGUGUAUAGAGCCUAGUCUGCCCCACCGAAUCUGCCUCCUCCCAGACCAGACGUCUGCCAUGGCACAGAGUCAUUUGGAAGACCAGGGAAUGGCUUGGACGAGAGGAGCUGAUGGCAGGAAGCCUGUAGAAUCCAGUGAUUAAGGGCCAGGCUUUUCAAGAGUUGGUGCUUCAUGCUUUUGCAAAUUGGUGGGUGCUGGGCUCUCUGGAGAAUCUGACCCUAACUGUUAUGAGUGAGGGACUGAUUAAGAUCAGGGCUUCAGAUUUUUGGUGUUAACUGACAAAUGCCAAUAAAACAUCCAGAUCCAAAAAAACAAUCAGUGUUUAUCCAAUAAAAUGCUGGAGAUGGUGGUUUGUACCUAGAGUUUGUCUACAUGGAGCAGUAAUGCAGACUACAGGGAUGUGACUUCUAAAGCACACUGUGUUUGUGCAUGAAUUGGUCUGUGUAGAUCCUGCCAAUGCACACCAAGGUUCCUGAGUGUGCUGUAACAUUUGAAGCUGUCCUACAUUAAUGUGCACUGGCAAACAUUACAAGUGUAAUAAGUAUUGUGUAUAUCUGGGAUCGGCAACCUUUGGCCUGCAGUCCACCAGAGUAAGGCCUCUGGCAGGCUGGGACGGAUUGUUUACCUGCUGCGUCUGCAGGUUUGGCUGAUUGCACUGGCCACAGUUCGCUGCUCUAGGCCAAUGAGGGCUGCAGGAAGCAGAGGCCAGCACAUCCCUCAGCCCACGCUGCUUCCCGGAGCCCCCAUUGGCCUGGGAUAUUAAACCGUGGCCAGUGGGAGCCAUGAUCAGCCAAACCUGUGGACACAGCAGGUAAACUGGCCCAGCCUGCCAGGGGCUUACCCUGGUGGGUUACCAGCCAAAUUGUGGGGACACACACACACACACACACACACACACACACUCUGCCUUGAAAAACCUCCCAAUUUUGGGGGGCCAUCUACAUAAAACUCAAAUGGCUAAAAAUAAGCCCUAAUUCAGAGACAGCCCUGAAGUACACAGGCCUUAUGGACUGAGUGUCUCUGCUGUAGUGCAGUGUCCCCUACUCAUUAGUGUGGAGAUCAGUAGCCAUGAUGGCUCUUGCAUAUCAUGAAGUGACCCCACUUUCCCAGGCCUACUUCAGUGGCAGGCUCUCUACUAAGGAAUACAAUUCUGGUUCUUCCUUGUAACUGCUUUCUUUUUCAGGGCCACACCUGUGGAUUCCUGGUGCCCUGGUAAUGCUGCUCAUAGCCAGCCUCUUUGUUCUGGUUGCUAUAGCUAAAGCCAUGAAGAAAUGAGUGAUGUCAGGAGAGCACAAUUUCUAAAUAAACCUGCCACUUGCAA